AUGGCCCCCAAACACCAGUCUUCACUUCCACCCCAAGCAAAGAAACCGAAGAAACGAAGACGGACUCCUGCCUCCAGGCCAGAGGAAACGUCUGCUUCUCCGAACUUGCCGAAGGAAGAAAAAGAACAGCAAGAAGCAAUUGAACAUAUUGAUGAAGUACAAAAUGAAAUAGACAGACUUAACGAACAAGCCAGUGAGGAGAUUUUGAAAGUAGAACAGAAAUAUAACAAACUCUGCCAACCAUUUUUUCAGAAGAGGUCGGAAUUGAUCGCCAAAAUCCCAAAUUUUGGGGUAACAACAUUUGUUAACCAUCCACAAGUGUCUGCACUGCUUGGGGAGGAGGAUGAAGAGGCGCUGCAUUAUUUGACAAGAGUCGAAGUGACAGAAUUUGAAGAUAUUAAAUCAGGUUACAGAAUAGAUUUUUAUUUUGAUGAAAACCUUUACUUCGAAAAUAAAGUUCUCUCCAAAGAAUUUCAUCUGAAUGAGAGUGGUGAUCCAUCUUCAAAGUCCACUGAAAUCAAAUGGAAAUCCGGAAAGGAUUUGACAAAACGUUCAAGUCAAACGCAGAAUAAAGCCAGCAGGAAGAGACAGCAUGAGGAACCAGAAAGCUUCUUCACCUGGUUUACUGAUCAUUCUGAUGCAGGUGCAGAUGAGUUAGAAGAGGUCAUCAAAGAUGAUAUUUGGCCAAAUCCAUUACAGUACUACUUGGUUCCGGACAUGGAUGAUGAGGAAGGGGAAGGAGAAGAAGAUGAUGAUGAAGAAGAGGAAGAAGGAUUGGAAGAUACUGAUGAAGAAGGGGAUGAGAAUGAAGGUGAAGAAGAUGAAGAUGAUGAUGAGGGGGAGGAAGGAGAGGAAGAUGAAGGAGAAGAUGACUAAUGGAACACUGAUGGAUUCCAACCUUCCUUUUUUAAUUUUCUCCAGUCCCUGGGAGCAAGUUGCAGUCUUUUUUUUUUUUUUCCCUCCCUCUCCUCUUGUGCUCAGUUGCCCUGUUUUUGAGGUCUCUUUUCUCCUUUAUACCAUGGCUCACAACUUAUUUUGGGGGGAAAUACCUUGAGCAGAAUUCAGUGGGAAAAGAAUCUCUACCCCUUUCUGUUCCAGAUUCAUUUUUAUCCCUUCCUGUCUCAACAAAAACUUUAUGGGAUCAACACCACCAUUCUCUGUGGGAAAAAAGAAAAACCUUCUGCUCCCUUAGCUCUGCUGGAAGCUGGAGGGUGCUAGGCCCCUGUGUAGUAGUGCAUAGAAUUCUAGCUUUUUUCCUCCUUUCUCUGUAUAUUGGGCUCAGAGAUUACACUG